AUGGUCCGUUUCCAGCUUCUCACAGGGACAUGGGAACCCGCAACAGUCGUCGAGCCAGCAGGUACCCAGAGAUCCUACAACAUUCGCACAGAUGGAGGUCACAUGCUCAGGCGUAACCGGCGUCACCUCCUGCAGACGUGUGAAAGUGGCGCAGGCCAGAUGGAGCCAGUGCUCUGCUACGAGUCCAGAAACAGAUCAUGUCUGAGGACCAUCUAUCCUUUGCCCAUACGAAUCACUGUCUACAUGAUUCUAGGGGUCACAGUCAUUCUAACAGUGUUUGGUAACCUUUUGGUCACUAUUUCAAUUGUCUAUUUUAAGCAGCUCCAUACUCCAACCAAUUACUUGAUUGCCUCUCUGGCUGUAUCCGACCUUCUUUUAGGGCUGCUGGUCAUGUUCCCCAGUAUGUUUCAAUGUGUACAGUCCUGCUGGUAUUUUGGUGAUGUCUUCUACCGCCACUAUGCUGUUUGCCAACCUCUAGUAUACAGAAGAAAAAUAUCUGUUAAUGUUGUGUUGAUCAUGAUUCUGCUUAGUUGGAGUAUUUCAGCUCUCAUUGGCUUUGGAAUGAUUUUUCUCAAGUUAAAUCUUUGGGGGAUUGAGGAAUUCUACUAUAACCACAUUGUGUGUGAAGGGGAAUGUGUUUUAUUUCAGAGUGGACUGUCAAGUACAGUCUCAUCAGCACUUUCCUUUUAUAUUCCAGGAAUAAUAAUGCUUGGCGUUUACCUUAAGAUUUUCUUAGUGGCACGGAGACAGUUGCACAGAAUACAGAACGCAAACUCAGAAAGAAUAUCAAAUACGAGCCAGACAAAAGCCACUACAACACUUGCUAUCAUAAUGGGGGCGUUUCUUUCUUUUUGGACUCCUUUUUUUGUCUGUAACAUCAUUGAUCCCUUUAUCAGUUACUCAACACCACCAGCAUUGUUUAAAAUACUUGUAUGGGUGGGCUACUUGAAUUCUACUGUGAAUCCUUUAAUAUAUGCAUUAUUUUAUAGUUGGUUCAGGAAGGCACUUAGAUUAUUCACUUCAGGUAACAUCUUUAAAUCUGACAUUUCAGAAACAACACUUUUCAGCAUGAAUUGA